UGGCCAUCCUCUUCUUUCUAGACCAAUUAGAGAGAGAAGGGGGCGGGCUUUUACAGAUGACAGCCAAUCCCGUGUCACGUUUGUAAAACCCUACUUAGUUAGCAUUAGUCGCAUCCGGGUGAGCGCUUUAAGGUCCGCUCAGGUUUUUACUUUGAAGCUUGGCUCUCGGACAUCAGGAUGUACGGAUCCUUUCGGGUGCUGUUGCAGGUGCUGUCGGCCCAGCUGCUCUGUGUAUGGGUGCUGGGCUCCGAGCUAACCUUUGAGCUGCCAGACAACGCAAAACAGUGUUUCUACGAGGACAUCAUCAUCGGCACCAAGUGUACACUGGAGUUUCAGGUGGUGACCGGUGGCCAUUAUGAUGUGGACUGUCGUUUGGAGGACCCAGAAGGCACUACACUCUACAAGGAGAUGAAGAAGCAAUAUGACAGCUUUACCUUCACAGCAGCCAAGAAUGGCACCUACAAGUUCUGCUUCAGUAACGAGUUCUCCACCUUCACACACAAGACGGUUUACUUUGACUUCCAGGUUGGCGAUGACCCUCCACUCUUCCCCAAUGAGAACAGAGUCACUGCCCUCACUCAGAUGGAAUCUGCUUGCGUGUCCAUCCACGAGGCCCUGAAGUCGGUCAUCGACUACCAGACUCACUUCCGCCUCCGUGAGGCCCAGGGACGCAGUCGGGCGGAGGACCUCAACACCCGUGUUGCAUUCUGGUCCAUCGGAGAGGCCAUUAUUCUUCUGGUGGUCAGCAUCAGCCAGGUGGUCCUGCUGAGAAGCUUCUUUUCUGACAGAAAGACCACUACAACACGCGUUGGAUCGUAACAGUCUCUGAGCCCCGGAAUCUAAUUCAUCACUUUCUUUAUCCGUACCUGGACUGGUGUGCAUAGAGUGGGUUAGAAUAUCAGUGCUGAUCUAAAAUUGGAUCAUAUCAAACUGCCAGGUUGUACAAUCUGACAUGUCAACUUCAUUCUUCACUGGUAUUCUUACAAACAUUAUGCAAAUGAGUCUUGAAGUCUAAAAGGUUAAAUAUGUUCAAAAUGCUUUUGAGGGGUAAAAUAGAAAACCUGAAGAAAGGUUUCCUUGUUUGUGUUGCUUGUUACCAUCUGUAUUGGAGGCAGUUCAAGGUCAUAUAGUUGAAGCAAACCCUAAAUAAUUUGAAGUAGAGCUGGGCAAUGUGGAGAAUAUCAAAUAUCACAAUAUUUUGGACCAAAUACCUUGAUAUCGAUAUAACAACGAUAUUGUAGCGUUGACUAUUGGUGCUUUCACAAACUAUUUACACAAUAUUUUUUUGACAAAUAAUCAGAUGUACCAUAGAUAUAAUGACUAAGUGGUUAAAGGCAAAUAAUAGAACAGCUAGAAGUAAGGUAAGUUCAGAAAAUGAUAUCGCAUUAAUGUAAUGCAGCCUGUAGAACCAGGAAAAGACAACACAUACUCACCAUAAUACGAUAGCCAAAAUUUAAGAAGAUAUCUUUUAUCACAAUAUUGAUAAAAUUGAUAAAUUGCCCAGCCCUACUUUAAAUAUUUGAAAUAAUUUCUAAAUGUGUUUUGAUUUUAUUUGUGUUCUUUUUUCCCCCGUCCUCUCAAACCUCUCCUCCUGAUCUGUUUCAUUUUUCAGCCCAAAUUGUGCACUGAAAUAACAGAGUGGAAUUUGUGACUAAAUGUACUCAUAAUGUAAGGUUUAUGGUUUUGUUUAUUUUCUUGCAUGCAAAGCAUUAGGUUUCCAAAACCACACUGGCAAGGCAAAGGGUGUUUCCCCCACAAAGUUUGCAUUUGGUUAUGAAAAAUAUGUUGCUUUUUUUUUUCUUUAUUAAAUCUCGCUGUAUUAAGUGAGA